GCAAUGAGCUGAAACUGGCUUAUAUUCUUCUCUUUAUGAGAAUUUGUCGUCUUCUUUAAUAUGUUGCGUUGUUUUGAAGCUUGGAGAAAUGGGUGUCUUUAAUCUUUGCAUGUGUUUAUGGGAAUCCUUUGGGUCAUGGGAAGGGAAAUAGCUGGUGUGGUGGAGAAGCCAAAUGGUGUUGUAGUGGUUUUAAAUGGUGUUUCUCAGGACAAAGUCCAUGUUUCCCCCAAAAUUGCAGAAGAGGAUAUCAAUUCGGAGGAACUCGGGGCAAACGAAUGUAGCGAGGAGAAUUCGUCUGCCGAAAAUUUUCAAGAAAAUGAGCCUGAAGUUUUAACCAUCAAAAGCACAAACAUUGAUGCUAGCGUGCCUGUGCCCGUGCCCGUGCCCGUGCCCGUGCCCGCACCCACACCCGCGCCCACGCCUGUGCCUGUGCCUAAGGAGAGGAGAACUGUAGCACAGAAGAUCAGUGACUUUAACAAGUCUAUCUCACCCGGGACUAUAGCUGUUUCUUCAAAAAUCAUGUGGGUGAACCCCAAGAUUCAGCAACCAACCGUUCAGGCAGCAGAAAAUAACGGGACAUGCCCGCAAACCGUCGAGACCGAGCCUGCUCCAGCUACUGCAGACGUCACUUCACCAAAUACUAUCAAUUUGCAGUCUACCAGCCCAAAGCAGAAUUCACUGCCAAACUCGCCUCAACCGUCGCAUAAAUCUUCAGAGAAUGAUCUUAAGAAACAUCACGACGAAGAAGAAAACUGGUUUAUCGCCUCCUCUACUGUUGCAUCGAUUCGACAACUCAAAUCUAAAGUUACCAUCGGAACGGCUCCCACAUUUAGAUCGGCCGAACGUGCUGGUAAAAGGAAGGAGUACUACAACAAGUUGGAGGAGAAACACAAAGCUUUAGAGGCAGAGAGAAUCCAAUAUGAAGAGAGAAUCAGGGAAGAACAAGAAGCAGCACUCAAGCAGCUUAGGAAGGGACUAGUGAUCAAAGCAAAGCCAGUGCCCAGUUUCUACUAUGAAGGACCACCACCUAAAGUUGAACUCAAAAAGUUGCCAUUGACUCGACCAAAGUCUCCAAAUCUAACCCGAAGGAAAAGCUGCGGCGAUGCGACCAACUUAAGCCUAGAGGAGAAGGGACAAGUAUGCACACGAGCACAGCGCCACAGCUUCGGUAGUCACAAAUCGGAAAUGGCUGCCCGCAAAAGUAAAGGGCAAGCCAAUGGACAUAUCAGCAACAACGACAACAAAUCUUUUAAACUCAGUAGCCAAGCGAAGCACGAUAAAGAGACGAGAAAACCGACACUUACGACGAUCAAUCAACACAAAAGCACAAAUACAGAGUUAUCCAAACCCAAACUUACCCGUUAGUCCAUACAGACGGUGACAGCGGUGCGCGUGGGGAGAGGUCUGAUGCUUGUCAUUCCCAGGAGAACUUUCAACAAUUUUUCUUUUUUCAAUUUUACCUUUAUGGGACACGAUGACUAUUAAUUAGAGAUCAGAUGAUGCAAUAUGACAACCAAACCAUGUUGUGCUUCGUUGAUUAAAGAAGUUGUGAUUAAAUAUUUCAACU